UAUAGUGAAUUGGUUGUUAUUGUGGGCUGUACCCGUACAUAUAUAAUUAUGUUAUGAUAAAUUCGGAAGUAAGAAACAAAAACUUGUAAGAUUCGUAGUGGACUCGGGAUAUAAUAUCGUAAAAUCGAACAUGGCCGACGGAAAGGGAAAUUUUAGCAAUAGUCUACAGUGUCAUGUUUGCUUUGACGACUACAAAAUUGAUCAACGAAUUUGGCAAUGUCGAUCCGGGCACUCAAUCUGUGAACUAUGCCGAAAUCACUUACGCGAAUGUCCCUUUUGCAAAGCACCGUAUGAAGGGACCAGAAACUAUGCAAUUGAAGAUAUUAUCAGAGAAUUGAAAGGCGAUGGCGACCGAGCUGGCAGUGAUAGAGUUUCACCAAUUGCACCGUCUGCUCCAGCAGAUGACAAUGUAAUCGCAGCUGAUAGUCAUCAACAGAUACAACCUCCACCAUCCGUCGAAAACGACCACACCGACUCCUCAUCGUCAGUGGACUCCGGUGAAUUCGGGGAUAUGGUUGUAGUAGAUUAUCCAAGACCGACACGCCGAAAUGACAUCAACCCCUGGAUACAAUAUUCUUCCAACCAAUUUGUACCGAAUGCGAUAAUAGGAGGACGAGAUCAUGGUCACAUACCAUUGUAUAUCGGACGAGCACUACAUGGAAGGGCCCUAAUACCGGGAAAAAUAAAUUUUGAAUACAAAACCUGCUACAUUCCGUGGGGUGGUGACGAACAUGAAAAGUCUAAUUUUGAGAUUUUGACGAACAUUUCUGGAACGUGGCUUCCCAAUUCAGGCGGAACGAUUCCAGUAGAUGCCUUUGCAGCUGGGCAUUCAGAAGAUGGAGAAACUUUGUACAUUGGUCGAGCUCACAUUGAAGGAACAUUAGCGAUUGGAAAAGUGCAUCCAUCGCACGGUUGCUGCUUUAUAUCGUACGCCGGUAGGGAAUACGAUAGACAAGAUUACGAAAUUUUCGUUCUAUGUAAUUAGAGGCGGUGCAUUUGGUGUGACAAUUCGGCUCUUUGAGUGAAUUGGAAAACAGGGAUUAUGACUCGAUACUCGGGAUGGUAGGUUUUUACACUACACCGAGCUUAAGCAUUUUUUUUUACUAAUUGUGAUGAUUCGUCACAAUUUUCAUUUUCAUUGAAGAAUGUGACACUUUAGAAGAUAAUAUAGCAUUGUUCCAUAAAACUUUA